AUUGGUGGUCUGGGGCGAGAAUCUCCUGCCGAACCACAAUCACGUGAGUGGACAAAAGCAAAGAAUCAUGGCUACAUCCAAUAAGGUGGAAUUGGCGGAAGCGCUGGCCCUGGGGCCCGCCUGGCGGCAUCUUUGUUACGUGAUGCUGUACGCCCCCAAUCCAAGGGUGCUCUUCGGUGGCCGUAUCCCAGUACGCUAUGCUGUGCUGAUGUACAUGCGCUUUGAUGGGCGACUGGGCUUCCCUGGUGGCAUUGUGGAUGAUCACAGCCCCAGCCUGGAGGCCGGGCUGAAUCACGAACUGCUGAAGAGGUUGGGUGAGGGUGUGUCUACUUUCAGUGUGGUACACACCGACUACCGAAGCUCCCUCACCGAUGCCAAAUCGAAAGUGGUGGCCCACUUCUAUGUCAAGUGUCUGACAUUAGAGCAACUCCAGGCCGUGGAAGCCAAAGCACCACUAGCCAAAGACUACGGGCUGGAGGUCUUGGGCCUGGUGCGGGUGCCCCUGUAUACCUUACACGAUGGUGUGGGAGGCCUGCCAGCCUUCCUAGAGAAUUCCUUCAUUGGCGCUACCAGGGAGCAGCUCCUGGAAACCCUCCAGGACUUGGAGAUUCUGGAUCCCCAAACUGUUUCACUCCUCAAGGAAAGAAUUGCUCAACACAAGAGGCUCUUAGGGUUGAUUGGAAUCUGAGAU